AUGGGCGGGUCGAAGAGAAAGACGGGCGACUAUGGGCUGGCCGCACCACUGACAAAGACGAGACGCACGGGAAGGAUUCUGAGGAGCUCGAAUAAAGCAAUCGACCCCACCGAAUUCAACCAAACCAACUCGCCGCUGCUUCGUCUCCCUGCGGAAAUCCGGAACCGGAUCUACGACCUCGCGCUGCGCACUAGCACUGUCCACAUCUUCUCCGCCCGAGGCAAGGGUCCUGAACCUCACAUCACCGCCCAUACCUGCACCUCAAAGAAGAGCGACCAGGAGAUGGCGAACACGAUGCGUCAGGAUGAUAUGCGUCCUGACGUAGACGGCGAAGACAGCGACCAGUACACCGGCUCUCCCUACUCGAUCGCUCUCCUGCGCACCUGCAAGCAAAUCCACCACGAGUCGGCUCUCCUACCGUUCAAAAUAAACACGUUCUCCUUCCGGAGCGCGAUGGAGCUGGAGCGCUUCGCCAACCGACUCCUACCUUGCCAACGGGAAGCCCUCGUCGACAUCACUCUUGGCGGCAUUCUGAGUUCCAACUGGCUGGCGUUGAUAAAGAGGAUGCGGUCGGUGCAACACAUCACGCUAUUCCACGAGCACUUCUACCACCUGACUCAGGCGAACAAAGGGUAUGACGUGGUGCGAGAGCAGCUCCUACAGGUGUUUGGGGAGUUCAAGGAGAUGGGAGUCGAGACGACGCUUGCCAUCUGCCAUGGAUCGGCCGACCGGGCUGGUCGUGGCCAUCGUGGGUACUAUGAUAUGCCGAGGCUGUACACCAACGUCAACCUGUUCAGGCCACUGCAUGAGGAGUUGGAGGCGAUGUUUAACCCGCCGAGAGUCGAAGAGGUGGUCGAGGAGGAGGAGUAG